UGCCGACUCCGACUCCAAUAUUAUACCGAAACCGUUUCUGAAAAUUUACAACAACAACAUCAUAUAAGAGUAUACUAUCGUAUACAAUUCCGCAUAUGAGCUCGCAUGUUUGCUGAAGCUAAAACUUGAAGCUGAAGCCUAGCCCGGCGGUAACGCUAUUAGCGGCUGAUCAUUCGCCUUUUAACUCUGUUCAACUAAAGUUGAGCAAAUGUGCAAUUAUCCAGACAUUUAGUCGUCAUAUCGGUAUAGAAGUAGUCGACGAACGACGACGCCGCCGACGACGUCUUGGUUGUGCUCUGUGGAAAUAAAUGUGUAAAAAUCUGAAAUAAAAACAGUGACUUCCCCAUAAACUCAAUUAAACAACAACAAAUUCAAUAAUUAUAGUGUGCGUUCAAAUUUCGAAGGCAGGAUAGUUGCGUUUUGUUUUAAGCGUGAAUCGGGAGUAUUAACUGAAUUGGCGAACGGAAUCAAACCGCUAUACUCUAAUUUAUUUUGAAAAAUCAAGUCAAGUGCUAACAAAACCGAAACCAUGAAGAAGCCAUACGACAUGAACGUGAUGGACAAAUCCAAGGAAGCUGCAUCGACCGGAGUCAGAAAACCAGAUUCCAUUUUUGGAGUUCGUCACGUGCAAUGUGCACUUAUAUUUUUCGGCUUGGCUGUCGCGUAUGGACUUCGAGUGAACAUGUCCGUUGCUAUUGUGGUUAUGACAGAUAAUUCAACCAAUCCAAACUAUCCGGAAUACAAAUGGGAAGAAAGGGCAAGAUCUGUAAUUUUGAGCAGUUUCUUCUGGGGUUACGUGUGUACUCAAAUUCCUGCUGGACAGUUGGCUCAGAGAUUCGGAGCUAAAUUAGUUGUUUUUUGGGGUCUCACUAUUUGCUCAGUAUUGGCCAUCCUUACCCCGGUCUGUGCUCAGAUUGGCGGUUCUCCACUUGUGAUAACCUUGCGUGUCAUCCAAGGACUUUGUCAGGGAACAGUCUUUCCGUCAACUCACACACUGGUCGCUAAAUGGGCUCCCCUGUCUGAACGUGGACGGCUAGGAACUCUUUCUUAUUCUGGAGCACAACUUGGAACCGCACUCAUGCUUUGUGUCAGUGGAGAACUUGCUUCUUCAACAAUGGGUUGGCCAAGUAUUUUCUACUUCUCCGGUGGAAUUGGUUGCGUGUGGGCGGUAUUAUGGUUCUUUUUUGCAUCAAGUUCUCCAUCCGAGAAUCGCUUCAUUUCUGAAGAGGAGAAGAAUUACAUCGAAUGGAAACCCACAGACACCGAUGGCGAAGUGAAAACUCCACAAAAGCUCUCAACUCCUUGGAUUAGUAUCUUCACAUCAUUACCCUUCCUGGUUCUCCUGUGCUCGCAUUGCGCUAACAACUGGGGCUUCUGGACUUUACUCACUGAAAUGCCAACCUACAUGAAAAACAUUUUGGAACUGGACAUCAAAAAGAAUGCAGUGCUUUCGUCCUUGCCCUAUUGGGGAAUGUUUGCCAUGUGUUAUGUCUUCGUGUUCAUUGCAGAACUGCUUAACAAGUACCCGUGCAUGAGUCUUGCGUUCAGCAGAAAAUUCUUCAAUUCUAUUGGACUCUGGGUUCCAAUGGUUGGACUCAUUGGCAUGGGAUACAUGAGCAGGGACAACGUCAAUUUGGCUGUAGUCUUACUGACUCUCACUGUUGGAAUGAAUGCUGCCUGCUACCUAGGUUUCCAAAUGAAUCAUAUUGAUUUAUCACCAAACUACGCCGGAACCCUAAUGGGCAUUACAAACUGUGCCGCCAAUAUUAUGAGUAUCAUUGCUCCACUUCUUGUUGGAUUUAUUGUUACGGAUGAGACUGACCCCACUCAAUGGAGGAUAAUUUUCUUUAUUGCCGCUGGAGUUUACCUAGUCGGGAAUACAUUGUUCAUCACUUUCGGAAAAGUCCAACCCCAAUCUUGGAACGAACCUAAAGAGAAUGCCAACAAUGGCCAUAUUUAUAGCCAAAACCCUGCACAAAUAGAGUCACGUUAUUGAAUUUAGGUAUACGAUUUUUAUUUAGAUAUUCAAAUAGAAAGCCGUGAUCUAGUCAUAAGUGCUUAAAAUUCAAAAUACUUAUAGUCAAGUCGUCAAAAAUGAUGCAACGAAAGAAUUUAUAUAGAAUUGUAUUAAGAAACAAAAAUAUCACAAUUGUGAAACUUUUAAUUAUGGCCGACUUUUAAUAUUGAAAGUUUUAUUUGUUUAAGAUUAUAACUUAAGAUGUAGUUAAGAUUAGAUUUGUAUCAAAUUAGAUUUAAAUUAUUUGUUUUGAUUGAAUUGUUAUAAUAAAUUGUUAAAAUAAUUUCUUAAA